AUGUUCAACAGGUUAUUUGGGAAGCCCAAGGAGCAGGCCAACGCCGGCGCGUUGGCCACUUUGGAUAAGUUAAACGAGACUCUUGAUAUGCUGGAGAAGAAAGAGAAAGUGUUAGAGAAAAAAGCAGGUGCGGAGCUUGAGAGGGCCAAGGAGUUCUCAAAAGCAAAGAAUAAAAGAGCGGCUAUCCAAUCAUUGAAGAGGAAAAAACUUUAUGAGCAGCAAAUUGAGCAGCUUGGGAAUUUCCAGUUGAGAAUCCAUGAUCAGAUGAUCAUGUUAGAAGCUGCUAAAGCUACCACAGAGACUGUUGAUGCAUUGAGGACUGGAGCUAAAGCUAUGAAAGCUAUGCAAAAAGCAACAAAUAUCGAUGAUGUCGACAAGACUAUGGACGAAAUUAAUGAACAGACAGAAAACAUGAAACAAAUACAAGAUGCUCUGUCAGCUCCUCUUGGAGCUUCUGCUGAUUUUGACGAGGAUGAACUGGAAGCGGAGCUGGAAGAGUUGGAGGGAGCAGAGUUGGAAUCUCAACUACUGGAGCCUGUUGUAACUAUUCCUAUUCAUACGACACCCGUCCCAGGCAAGGCACAACCAACUCGUCCUGCUCCACAGAAAGCAUCGGCUGAGGAGGAUGAGCUUGCUGCACUGCAAGCUGAAAUGAUCGUUUAG